AGUGGAGCGUGUGGCUUAAUUUGUCUCAACACGGGAAACCUCACCCGACCUGGACACGGACAGGAUUGACAGAUUAAGAGCUCUUUCUCGAUUCCGUGGGUGGUGGUGCAUGGCCGUUCUUAGUUGGUGGAGCGAUUUGUCUGGUUAAUUCCGAUAACGAACGAGACUCUGGCAUGCUAACUAGUUACGCGACCCCCGAGUGGUCGGCGUCCAACUUCUUAGAGGGACAAGUGGCGUUCAGCCACUCAAGAUUGAGAAAUAACAGGUCUGUGACGCCCUUAGAUGUCCGGGGCUGCAUGCGCGCUACACUGACUGGCUCAGCUUGUGCCUACCCUCUGCCGGCAGGCGCGGGUAACCCGUUGAACCCCAUUCGUGAUGGGGAUUGGGGAUUGCAAUUCUUCCCCGUGAACGAGGAAUUCCCAGUAAGUGCGGGUCAUAAGCUCGCGUUGAUUAAGUCCCUGCCCUUUGUACACACCGCCCGUCGCUACUACCGAUUGGAUGGUUUAGUGAGGUCCUCGGAUCGGCCCCGGUGGGGUCGGCCACGACCCUGCCAGAGCAUCGAGAAGACGGUCGAACUUGACUAUCUAGAGGAAGUAAAAGUCGUAACAAGGUUUCUGUGGGUGAACCUGCGGGAGGAUCAUUACCGGGGGGCUGCGAGGCCGGCGGUGGCAUGUGCCGUGCCACGUCUCGUCGCGCUUGCUAGCUGA